CUGUACUCGUACUGGCGGUCGUCGUGCUCGUACCGCGUCCGCAUUGCCCUCGCCCACAAGUCGCUGGCAUACACGUAUCACGCCGUCUCGCUGCUUGCCGGUGAGCAGACCGAGGACGGGUACACCGAGCUCAACCCGUCCAAGCUGCUCCCUGCCCUUGUUCUUGCCGACGGAACCGUCAUCGGCCAGUCCACCGCCAUUCUCGAGUUCCUGGAGGAGGCCUAUCCGGACGCGCCCAAGCUCCUUCCUGAGGAUCCGCUCGCCAGGGCCUACGUCCGCCAGGCCGUGGCCAUGAUCGCUGCAGACAUCCAGCCCGUCCAGAACCUCCGCGUCCUCAAGUACGUCGGUAUGGACCGCAAGAUCGAGUGGGGCGCUCACUGGAUCGCCACCGGCUUUGAUGCCCUCGAGGCCUUUCUGGCAAAGCACGCCGGGAACUACUGCAUUGGCGACGAGCUCUCGCUCGCCGACGCCUGCCUCGUCCCGCAGGUCUACAACGCCCGUCGCUUCGGCAUCGACGUCGAGACCAAGUACCCCAUCAUCGCCCGCAUCGACGCCGCUCUCAACGAGAUUGAAGCCUUCAAGGCCGCGCACCCGGACAACAUGCCCGACGCCCAGGUCUCGGCCUGA